AUGGGCUUUCGGUUGCAUUCCUUGAAGAACAAGCAGAACAGGCAGAAGGAGGUUUUGAGGGACAGCACCUUCAAGAGGAAAACGAUGAUGAGGGCGAGGAAAUGGAGGACAGCGAAGAAGAUGUGGGACAUCGAAUUCGUGAUGGACGUGCCGAAUCGGUCACUCGACUUUCGGCAAGGUUCAGGGAGACCGGCAGCAAAUCGGUCUACUAGCGCGACAAUACCGCCUACUCAACCUAAGGCCCCCCAACCCCAACCUUCACUGACAACGGAGUAUACUCCAAUACAGCGAGGAGGUGUCACUCCAAACGCAUCAUUUACUACACCCUCCGCAUCAGCACCUCAACUUAACGCCGCACCUCUAUCAUCUGGCAGUUUGACCGCACCCAGUGCGAUUCUUGCUUCGACCGCCCAGCCAUCCUCUGAACCUGCUGCAAUUCAAGACGAUGGGGUCGACCCCUCGACGUUGCCUCCUGUAACAGCACCACCCUCCCAUCCUGCAAUUGAUCCCACAGCUACGGGCGUGUUUGAUGGACGGUCAAUCCUUGAGGUCGACUUGAACGCAAUGGCAGACAAGCCGUGGCGUCGACCUGGGUCGGACAUCAGCGAUUGGUUCAACUAUGGCUUUGACGAGAUCUCAUGGGAGGCGUACUGUUACCGCCGGCGCGACCUAGGGGAAUUGGCCAACGUGCUGAAGACUAAUGUUAUCAACUUUGCUGGCAUGCCAGAAGACCAGCUGACCGCACUUCCGCCAGAGGUGCGAACGAUGGUGAUGACGGGCGCUACGACGAUGAUGAACGGCGCAGGACCUGGGAUGAUGGGGCCGGGGGUGAUGAUGGACAUGUCUGGUAUGAUGGGCCCAAUGAGCAUGGGCAUGAAUGGCGAUAUGAGCAUGGGUGGGGCAAUGAUGCAGGGUAUGAUGCAGGAUGGCGGGCAAGGGCAACAGCAAGGCGUCGGCAUUAUUCAAGGAAGUGGGACUCCAGAACAAGGGGCUGGAGCGGUGAGUAUGAUGCAGGACGGGUUCAAUGCUGGAGCUGCUGUAGGUGGUAUGAUGAAUAUGGGUAUAGGUGGGGAAUAUGGGAUGCAGGAACAAAACACGAUGGUGCAAGAGUUGUAUCCCAAUAUGCAAGGAUCGCAAACCGUUACACCAGCACCUGGUGCAGGACGUGGUGCCGCACAAAUACCAUUCCGAGGUAGGGGUGCCCCAGGCUUGCGGGGAAGAGGCUUCCCCGGAAGAGGUCGUGGUCGGGGAGGAUUAUAUGCGGAUGCUCCUCCACCAGUGCCUGUGCGACCUGCCUCUCCACUCCCACCUGGAGUGCCCACGGGACCUCGUAAUCAAAACAAGUACAAGGAUCGAGAUGGCAAUGCACCAGCUGUGGAUGGCCUCGAUUAUGGAGGUGGUAAAGAAAGCAGGAGGACACCGAGUGGUGAGCCUGAGGAACGCAGUUCCAGCCGGAAGCGGAGGAGCUCGCCUGGGCUUGAUGAUCGAGGCUCAAAACGACGCUGA